CAGGCCUCUUAUUUCAUUUGACGGAAUAGUGUCGAGUGGUUUUUCAUAAUAAAUUCACUGAUGUGGGUUUUCUGUGAGAGUGUUUAAACGCAAGAAGGAAAAACUAAAAAUAUUUUGUUUGAACAUUGUUCUUUAAUUACAAAACUCUCUCGAUACCCGUGUUCUAAAAAUAUUUAUCUGAUGUAUAACCAACCUUCCUACCAGACUAAAUUUCAUACUGUAGUAACCACUACACUACCAUUUUAGACAAAGGCAAAUUUACAAGUUUUGGUGCAUUUAUACAGUAAAAUUUGAUUAUAAUAACAUUUUUCUGUAAAAUAAGUUUGUUCAAACUUCAAAUAUGUAAAGUCACAUUCAACAAAUACGGUCUAAUUUUUUCUUGCACAUUGUGUCUUUUAAUCAUGACAAGUCCAUAUACAAUGGGUUCUAUUUACCACAGCCCUAGUGUACAAAGUUAUUGUGGACCAACGGAUAAUUUAUCUUUAGCAGGUCAUUACAGUGAUAUGCGAUCAACGACAUGGUACGGAACGACAGCGAAUGACCCACGUUUUGCAAUUUCUAGGUUAAUGGGAGGUACAGCUACCAGCUCAAUGGGACAUAUGGGAAACAUGGGAUCAUUAGCAACGUGUGCUGUAAACGAUGCAAAAUCUUUACAGUUUCCAUUAACACAAAGAAGGAAGAGAAGAGUUUUAUUUACUCAAGCGCAGGUUUAUGAAUUGGAGAGAAGAUUUAAACAGCAACGAUAUUUAUCGGCACCAGAGCGAGAACACCUUGCAAGUCUUAUCCAUUUAACACCAACACAGGUCAAAAUUUGGUUCCAAAACCACAGAUAUAAAUGUAAGAGACAAGCGAAAGAAAAGGCCAUGGCGGAACAAAAUUCACAAAAUCAGACUGCGAGUUCACCUCGAAGAGUUGCUGUUCCUGUAUUGGUAAAGGAUGGAAAGCCUUGUUCUUCCAGUAGUUCUACUCAAUCUCACCCUAUCCAUGCUAAUAGUGAAUCAGCAGAUGAUCAUGCAAACGUCGUUAGUAGUAACGGUAGUAUUAAUAUUAUCUCGGAGACACCAAACUCCCACUCUCCUGACACAUCAACUUCCAUAUUAGCAUCAUACAAUGAUUCGGUUUCAAGUGCCCAAAUGUUGCCACAGCCCUGCAAUAACACAAUAGUACCAAAUAGUAUAGCAAUGGCCUACAGAAAUCAAAACAAUUUUAUACAAAGUAGUCAUCAACAGCAAUGUGGAGGGUACCUUCCACUUCAAGGUAGGGCGUGGUAAAAAAAAAAAAAUAUAAUAAAAAUCUUCAUGUUGUCAACUAUUGAAUGAUAUGUCUCGAGUCGCGUAUGCUAUUGUAAAUAUUACUUUGAACUAUUGAAAAAAACCAAACGCAUACAAAAGUUGAA